AUGAUUAAAGAAAAGAAGAAAUUACCACAGAAUCACACCCACAAUAACCACUCUGGUAAUCCAAGUACCGAGUGUCCAUCACCACCACCGCCAUACGAAGAUCUGGAAAACAAAGAGCAUAAUCCUGGUUCACGAAAACUCAAUGCCCAUUAUGGCAAUGAGAAACCACAACAACCUCCAGGCUACGAAAACGUACCUCUCUCAAGCUCACCUCAUUUAAAUUCAUCAAGCGAAGACAACCAAUUCAUUUAUACGACAAACCCAAAACUCUCUUUUGUCGAUGGUCCUGAUUCACCUUUUUUAUCGGCGCAGUCCAAAAGAAUAAAGAAUAAUCUUCGAAAUAGACUUCUUAGAGAUGAUGUUUUACACAGCCAAAGCCGAAAAACGUGCUGA